ACAUCUAGCGCCUUUUACGGCACUGAGAUCAAAGGUCUGAAGCGUGGCUGAGGAACUUUAUCGUCCCGCCAUAACGUGUGGCAGCCCGCGCUGUCUGUCGGCCCCAGCAGGUGUUAGGUGUGCUUCCCGGUGGCUCGUGUCAUUGUUUUCUCACACCGACAGAGGAAGCAGUCCCACGCGUUUUAGGAGAGCCGGAGAAAAUCGUAAAACAUAUAUUGCCACCGUUGGCUGCAAUCCAAAGUGCUGGCUGAGACUGUGGGAACAUCCAAGGUGUUGAAGACUGUUGAGAAGUAUAAAUGCCUCGCUCCGACAACACUUGGCAUCACAGACACGAGCAACAGCAAGAAAGCGCUUCGACCAUGGCAUCGUAUGAGUGUAACAGAGACUUUCCAGUCGAGAUAAUUCCCUCUUCCUGCGCCAGACAUAGCUUGAAGUGUCGCAAAAUAAUUGUGGAGAAAAUACGACGAGACCGAAUGAACAACAGCAUCGAGGAGCUGAGGACAUUACUUCAAACAAAUCAGUGUCCCGAGCAGCCCAGCGCCAGACUCGAGAAAGCUGACAUUUUGGAGAUGGCCGUGCAAUUCCUGAAGGAACAAGCAUCUUCCAAAUCAAAUGAAAGCUAUCACAGUGGUUUCUCGCACUGUCUGCAAGAAACACUCCGUCACCUAUCUUUGCACGCACCACUGCAACCUGAGGAGAGGGAGCAGAUUAAACGCUUCUACGUUCAUCAGCGGACCAGCAUGCACACGCGCCUGUCAACGGAGCCGCGUGCCCAGUUCUGCAUGCCAUCAAAGCGACAUUCAACAUCAAGAGCGCGGAAAUCUUUGUGGAGACCAUGGUAAAAUGCACCAAGAAAAAUGUCUAUCCCACUGGACUUUGGGGUCCGACAUCAGUUUAAAAAGUUAAACUACAUCGUAUGAAAAUGAUUUUCUCAGCGGUUCACAUUUAGUCUACAUUAGCCUCUGUGUGAUGAGCAAUAAGGUAUUGAGAGAAUUCUCUCAAUUAAGCGUAAUUGCCUUUUGUAAAGGCGUUUUGUGACACCCCCAAGAUCAAACUCAACAAUGAUUGUUUUCGAAUCAUGUUGUAUUGAUGACACUUAUUAAACAUUCCUUGU